AUGGCCUCCCGAGUCCUCUCCUCGUCGUUACGACGUGGCGUCAGGGGCUCAGUUGCGAGACAGCACUCGAUUCGUUUGCUAGCGACGGCUGUGAAUGCAGCUACUAAUGCUCCUGUUACUGAGAUAUCGAGGCUAUCUAACGGUUUGACAGUGGCAACCGAAGCGCACCCCUCCGCUCAAACUGCCACUGUUGGUGUGUGGAUUGAUGCCGGUUCCCGAGCAGAAACAGACGCCACCAACGGUACGGCCCACUUUUUGGAGCACAUGGCUUUCAAAGGGACAAACCGUCGUUCGCAACAUGCUCUCGAGCUUGAGGUGGAAAAUUUAGGCGCCCACCUCAACGCCUAUACCUCCCGCGAGCAAACCGUUUACUAUGCCAAGUCUUUUCGCAAAGACGUACCCACUGCCGUAGACAUCAUAAGCGACAUUUUGCAGAACUCAAAGCUGGAGACAUCUGCCAUUGAGAGGGAGCGUGAUGUGAUUCUGAGGGAACAGGAGGAAGUUGACAAACAACAUGAGGAAGUCGUCUUCGACCAUCUUCAUGCUGUUGCCUUCCAAGGGCAACCUCUGGGUCGCACAAUUCUUGGUCCGAAGAAAAACAUUCUCUCCAUAAAGCAAAAUGAUCUCUCCUCCUACAUCCAGAAGAAUUACACUGCAGACCGGAUGGUUCUUGCUGGUGCCGGUGGUGUUGAGCACUCCGAGCUUGUCAAGCUCGCCGAGAAGCAUUUCGCUUCGUUGCCUGUCUCGCCUAACCCGAUUCCACUCGACCGCUCCUCUCACGCCAAUACGAAGUUCACAGGCUCCGAAGUACGUAUCCGCGAUGAUACAAUGAACACUGCCAAUAUUGCUAUUGCGGUUGAGGGCGUCGGUUGGCGCUCGCCUGACUACUUCCCAAUGCUCACCCUGCAAUCCAUUUUCGGGAACUGGGAUCGAUCGCUUGGCGGCAGCCCCCUUCUAUCAUCGAGGUUGAGCCACAUUGUCUCGAGCAACAACCUUGCCAACUCAUACCUGUCCUUCUCAACUUCGUACUCAGACACAGGCCUGUGGGGCAUUUACCUCGUCACUGAGAACCUGAUGAACAUUGACGAUCUUGUUCACUUCACUCUCCGCGAGUGGACCAGGAUGAGCAUUGCCCCUACACCUGCUGAAGUUGAACGCGCCAAGAGUCAGCUCAAAGCUAGCUUGUUACUCAGUCUGGACGGGACGACUGCCAUUGCGGAAGAUAUCGGAAGACAGCUUGUGACAAGUGGCAGACGGUAUACGCCCAAGCAGAUCGAAAAUGAGGUUAACGGCGUCACCACCGAGGACAUAAAGCGUGUUGCCCAGAAGUAUAUCUGGGACAACGAUAUUGCCAUCGCAGCACUUGGUCGUAUUGAGGGCUUGCUCGACUACAAUCGUAUUCGCGCUGACAUGUCUUCUUUGAUCUACUAGACUAUGUUUCCUUCAA